CUUCUUGUUUUACUUUAUUUCUUGUUUUGCUUUAUUUCAUUCACAAACCAAAUUUUUUUAUUCAUAUAUAAUGGUCAAUAGCAAAACAAUCACCUUAUGAGAACAUAUAAAAUCCGUUCGAUCCCUUUGUCACUUAUUAGGUAAAACGUUUCUACAAAACAGAAGUGCACAAUUUCAUUCUCAUCCUACUGAUUCCCCCCCUACCCAGCCAACCUUCUAGUUUUCUAUAUAUUUCGCAAUGCUUCGCAACUUCUUACCCAUUUUUAUCAACUCAAUUACCUCAAUAUCAUCUCAAUUACCUAAAUACUAUCUCAAUUACCUAAAGUUAUCAACUCAAUUACAUAAAGUUAUCAACUCUGAUCAUUCAUCGCCAUGGCCAAGCUUACAGAUCUUCCAGUUGAGCUUUUGCAAAUGAUCGCAACGGCAAAAGCCCGGUCCCGUCCUAUAUUAGAUCAAAAGGAUCUGGCAAGCUUCUCCGUUGUGAAUUGGUGGUUAUAUAGAGUCGUUAAUUGCAUCCUCUACGCCUACAACGUAAAGCAUAAGCACGGUACCUUGUUUGAUUAUGCAGCGAAGCACGGAAAUCUCGACACCCUAAAAGUUGCAGUCUCAUUCGGUCUAGAGGCGGAAUCCUGGUAUGCCGUGCUAGUAGAGGCUUGCAGAAACCGUCACCGCAAUAUUAUUACGUGGCUGAUGGACCAUGGCAUUCCUCUCCAAAAAGGAUCCAAGAAAUAUUUAAAGAAAUGGGAACCUUCUUUUGAGUCAGGUUAUUACACGCAAGAUCCGUAUGCAUGGAGACAUAGGAUAACAAAGGGAUGUCCAGCAUUAAUCCUUUCAAUCGAAAAUAAAAUGGAGGAUAUUGCUCUACUCCUAUUAUCCCAUGGCGCCAACACAUCUUUUAACAUAGGAGACCAACACAAAUUUAGGUCGAUACUACACCACGCAGCUAGUCGAGAGAUGGUUAAAGUAGUAGAAUAUCUCGUACAAACGCUGGGAAUACCUAUCGAUUUAAAAGACUACAAAGGCUAUACUCCCCUACAUUACGCAAUGGAAUACUCGCCAGUAUCAGAGAGUACCAAAAUGCUCAAGACGUUGAUAAAACUCGGAGCCGACAUCAACAGCGAAAUUGGUGGUAAGAUUCCACUCACAUCGGCGUUAUAUAAGGGUAGAGUUCAACACGCAAAUAUAUUACUUGACUCUGGCUCAAAGAUUAAACCAGAUCACCCGGAGGAGGAAGUCGGAUUUCCUAUUCACGCCCUUAUGCACACGAAACUUAAGAAGGCGUCGUUCAGGGAUUCAAUGCAAUGGUCUAUACUCCAAAGACUCUUCGAAGCCGGUGCCGACCUAACGGAAAGGUACGUUGACGGGUUCGAGCCGUUAGAGGAAGCGAUCAUAUUUGGAACUCCAAAAAUGAUGACUGGUAUCAUGGCCUUGAAAGCUCAUAUGCAUGGAGAGGAGUCAUUGAACCGAAACUAUAUCUUCGACUUCAUGAUAAAGUAUCAUCCCUGUAUAGAGCUUUUCGGCAAGAAGGUAGAAAUGUUGCUGAAAGGCGGUAGCAGGGUGGACAUCCCUUUAUCCUACGGGUAUACGUUCCUUUCGUGGUCAUUCCUUCAAACCCACCCUCGCCAGACGCGAAGAUUGACAACCAUGGCUAUCGAGUCCAUGCAUGACCACAGUUAUCUUGAUCAUCUUCUAAAGGAGUUAGUCACCGGCGGCAUCCACUCGUACUAUCUACCGGAUUUUGCUACCCCUGACCAUCUUACGAUUCUUAUGGACGCCGGUGCCAAGCUACCUAGUGCCGAGGAUAUAAACCUGGCCGCGUUCUCUUGUUUACCCCACGAGCACCUCGUAAGCAAUGGGUGGCUUACCACAAUAUUAGACAUGGGCUUUCCGACUGACAGAAUACCCGAUCUAGUCACGAGCGCCCUUCAGGAAAGAGCCGAUUCUGAAGCUGUUGAGUACCUGCUCGACCUUGUCGAACCCCGUAUCUGGCAGCAAAAUCCUCAGUGGAUAGACGAGGCUAUUGAAUCAGGCCGUCAUACGGUCCUUGACAAACUCUUAAAGGGUAUUAAGAAUGUAGAUGUAAAUUCCGUAUCGAAAUAUGGGGAAACACUCCUACUUCGUGCCCUGAAAGGUCCUAGAGCCGACUAUUGGGCCAUUAUGACUGCUCUGGUACUCCUGCAGCACGGUGCUGAUCCAUUCUUGCCAACAAGACACUCGGCUUGUCACGGUAAAAAGUAUACAAAUACCUCACAGUACUCGGCGUUUGAGUAUGCUUUACAUAAAUUUUCCUUUAGGUGGGCAGCUGAGGAAAUAUGGUAUAAUUCAGCCCCUGAAUUACGACCUGAUCCAAAGGUGUUCCUCGAAUGUGUCCCAAGUAUAGGUAACUCCGAAGAGUACCGGGCCGAAAUGACCGAGUGGUUGAAACGUCUCGACGCAAAGGACAAUGUGAAGAGUGAUCUGCUGAAGAAAUAUCAUGAUAGAAUAUCUACCUACCGUAGUUAUGAUGCAUGA